AUGUGGGGAGAAUAUCAGAAAACGGAAGAUCAGGGAGGCUUGGACAUCCUCUUUCAGACAAACCUGAUGAACAGGAGAUUAGAAGUGAGAAAAGUCAGCGAUAAUUUCGCGUACUGCUUGGACAGACUUGGAGAUCCAGCGAGGACAGCAAGACGAAGGCGCUUGGACCCAGGAAAACUGUUCGACAACAAAAAGAGACAUCACCAAGAAACGGCUCAUGAGGAACAAAGAGAAAUCAAAAAAGGCGAUCGCAAUGAGAGGAGUCGAACCUGGAAUGAGUCUGAAGUUACCGGUGUGGGUCCAUAUAUAGGAUAUGAAAUUAAAGGCUAG